AUGAAGACAUCUACCAUCCUUACUGCUCUCGGUGGCAUGCUCGCCUUCAACGCCCAAGUCGUCAAUGCGGGAUGCUACACCACCGGCGACCCUUGGCCAAACAAAGAUCAAGCAGCCCAAUUCGUCUGGGACGCCUGCUACGGUUCUCAGGGCAUGUUCUCUGGACAAUUCAGGCCCAAGCAAACCAAGUCCAUGUGUCCCCGAAGCGGUCAACUUGGCCUUGUUUUUGAAGUUGAAAACCAGUGGGACCAGACGCUUGACCUUAAUAACGACGACUGCUACACGCGCCUCAAGAACGAGAUCUACGGAUGUGACCGCGGCGGAGAGUCAACUGUUUCUAAGUGGCGUUUCCGUGCUGAUCCCGGUAACUGUUAA